CUUUUGAAAUCUCAAGGAGAAGUGAUAAUAACUCCUCAACAACCAGGCCAUGCACAGGUUGCUAUGACAACUCAAGGAACACUAUCACAAGGYGUGACRCCUCAGCAAUCAAUUUCUGCUGUUCCAAGAAUUGUACCUGCAGUGACAACCAAUCAGGUUCCAGGAAACACACCCAUAACAACGACYGUUACCAUCCUGACACAAGGGUCUGGUAUUCCAACAAAGAUUGCUGUAACAAACCCAACAACUCUUACUACUGCCCAGAUACARCAAAUACAGGCCCAGGCAUUAAGCCAGGUACAAGCACAUGCCCAGACAGUGACUCGUGCGUCAGUACCAAUAAACCAACAGCAACAAGUCAAGGUUGCAUCAGCAGUAGCUGGACAGAACAUUCUAGCUACUGGUCAAAGAAUUCUAACAUCAACUCCUGGAAGUGUAACCAUAGCAACACCUACUCCUGUUACUGCCUUGAAGUCUACACAAAAUACAAUUCAAAGUGGAAUAAAACAAGUCAGUCAGUCUCCAUCACCAUCAGUCGGCCCACUCCAAAGGCAACUUGCACCAAACAAGAUCCAAAGUGGCAUCAUGAUAACUGCAGCACAACCAACAGGAUCAAUACAAAAUAUAGCACCAUCAACUACAACAGCUUCCAAGAACCUGGUCUCACACUCAGGAAUUACUAAUCGCGUUGAGACAUCAAGUCCGCAACCACAACAAGUCUUAACCAAGAGAAGAAUCCAAGAAUUACUGCAUGAAAUAGAUCCCCAAGAACAGAUGGAUGAUGAUGUUGAAGAUGUAAGGAACAAUAUAUUAAACAACAGUUUCUCUAGGGGAGGGGAGGGAAGAACAGAUGGAUGAUGAUGUUGAAGAGCAACAAUACA